GCGGCGAGGGCGGGCCGGGACCCGGAAGAGGAGCCACCGCCGCCCGCCUGACUUCCCCGGCUGGAAAGCAGGCAGUCAGGCAGGCGGACGCCAUGCUGCAGUUCUUGCUUGGUUUUACUCUUGGCAAUGUGGUUGGGAUGUAUCUGGCUCAGAACUACGAUAUUCCUAACAUUGCAAAGAAGCUUGAAGAUUUUAAGAAAGAUGUGGAAGCUAAGAAGAAACCUCCCAGUGACAAGUCCUAAGAGAGCAGUGUUACCCAGGUCACUUCAGUGCAUGCAUCAAGGAUGCAAUUUACCCUUCUAUUGACAAAGAUCAAGUAGAGAUUUGGCAUGGGAAGUUCCUCCACUUUUAGUUUGCUAGAGCCAGAAUGUCCUUGUUUUGAAAAAGCAACCAUGAACUUUUCCUGGGACUGAUUUUCAAGGGUUUCAGAAUUCUGGAUUUGCAACUGAUAAUGUGACUGGAUAAGAUCAUUUGUAUUUUUUGUUAUUGCUUUUCCUAGUAUUUUGUAACCCAUUUUUACCUGAUCCAACUGGAAAAUAGUGUUAGUCCUGUUAUUCUGUAUACCUCACACUUUGUAAUACUCUAGAUCCUAGAACUAGAUCGCAAAAGAAAUUAAAUGCAUCAAGAAGUAA